CGCGGUGAACGCCCCGCCGCCCGCCGGCGUCCGAACCUCCCUGCUUUCUUCCUGCUCCUCGCGGGCCAGGUGCUGGUGCUACCUCGCGGUCGCCACAGCCCAGCCACUCCACGGCCGGAUCCAUCUCACGCUAGGGUUCAUUCAGAUCGGUGACGCGGAGAGGAAAAGGAAAACCCACUGUUCACCGUCGGUGUGCGCUCGACCGGAUCCAUCCCGCUAAGGAUCCAGAUCGACGACGCGGAUAAUAAAUUAAGGUAAAUCCACUGUUCGCCGCGGUGCGCUCGACCUGCACAACAAUCAGGUUGACCAAUCUGGCUGCAACCUGACCUCCACACACAGUUGACUGGCCGAGCUCUGACUCUGAGCUUAGCAUGGCCAUGGAAGCGGCGCUCGUCAGCGUGGCGACGGGCGCCCUCAAACCCGUCCUGGGCAAGCUGGCCCUUCUGCUAGGCAAUGAGUACAGGAGGUUCAAGGCUGUGCGCAAGGCGAUCAAGUCACUCACUCAUGAGCUCGCUGCCAUGGAUGCUUUUCUCACGAAGAUGUCCGAGGUGGAGGAUCCCGAUGUGCAGGAUAAAGUUUGGAUGAACGAGGUGCGGGAGCUGUCCUAUGAUAUGGAGGAUGCCAUCGACGACUUCAUGCAAAGCAUCGGUGACAAAGAAGAAAAGCCAGAUGGUUUCAUUGAGAAGAUCAAGAACUCACUAGAGAAGUUGGGGAAGAUGAAGGCUCGUCGUCGGAUCAGCAGGGAGAUCCAAGAUCUGAAGAAACAGAUCAUUGAGGUGGGCGACAGGAAUGCAAGGUACAAGGGUCGCGAGGCCUUCUCCAAGACUUUCAAUGCGACCGUUGACCCUAGAGCUCUUGCUAUCUUUGAGCAUGCAUCAAAACUCGUCGGAAUCGAUGAACCCAAGGCUGAGUUAAUCAAAUUGUUAAUAGAUGAUGGGUUUGGCUCAACACUGCAACAACCAAAGAUAGUCUCCAUCGUUGGAUCCGGAGGAAUGGGCAAAACAACUCUUGCAAACCAAGUGUAUCAAGAGAUCAAAGGGCAGUUCGAGUGCCAGGCCUUCUUAUCCGUGUCGCGAAGCCCAAACAUGAUGAAUAUCUUGAGGACUAUUCUUAGUGAAGUUAGCGGUCAAGGUUAUUCUAACACGGAAGCAGGGAGUGAACAAAUACUUAUUAACAAGAUCCACGAUUCCCUACUAGAUAAAAGGUACUUUGUUGUUGUUGACGAUAUAUGGGACGUGGAUACAUGGGAUGUUAUUAAGUGCGCAUUUCCCACUACAAGUUCUAGCAGUAGAAUAAUCACAACUACUCGUAUGAAAAAUGUGGCUCGUUCAUGUUGUUCAUCCUUCAAUGGCCAUCUUUAUAAUAUAAUGCCACUUGAUAUGGUGCAGUCAAGGCAGCUAUUUCAUAGAAGACUAUUCAAGUCUGAUGAAGAUUGCCCUUCGCAUCUUGAAAAUGUUUCUGAUGAAAUUUUGCAAAAAUGUGAUGGAUUACCUUUGGCAAUCAUUGCUAUAUCUGGUUUGUUGGCUAACACAGAAAAAACAAAGGAUCUAUGGAAUCAAGUGAAAGAUUCAAUUGGUCGUGCACUUGAAAGGAAUCCUAGCGUCGAAGGAAUGAUGAAGAUAUUGUCACUUAGUUAUAUUGAUUUGCCUCAUCAUUUAAAAACUUGCCUCUUAUAUCUCAGCAUGUAUUUAGAAGAUUCUACUAUUGCGAAGGAGGGCCUGAUAAGAAGAUGGAUUGCUGAAGGAUUCAUUCAUAGAGAAGGCAGAUACACGACAUAUGAGUUAGGAGAAAGGUGUUUUAAUGAACUACUCAAUAGGGGUUUGAUCCAACCUGGAAAGACAAAUAUCUAUGGCGAGGUGAUGAGUUGUCGAGUUCAUGACACACUUCUUGAUUUCAUCAUAUCCAAGUCCAUAGAAGAGAACUUCGUUACUUUACUUGGUGUUCCCAUUCUCAAAAUUGGGAACCAAAGCAAAGGUAUUCGUCGACUCUGUCUUCAAGGUGCCGUGGAAGGAAAUUCAACAAUACUGACAGCAGGUCUUGUCUUGUCUCAUGUUCGAUCAUUUACUAUGGUUAGAGGUCUAUUGGAAAUCCAUUCUUUUGAGGAGUUCAGACAUCUGCGUGUUCUUGACUUGAUGGAUUGCUCCGAAUUGGAAGAUCAUCAUCUUGAAAAUAUAGUGAGGUUAUUCCAACUGAGGUACCUAAAUGUCGAAGGUACAAAAAUAAGCAAGCUCCCAGAACAAAUCGGGCGUUUAGGGUGCUUAGAGAUUCUGGACCUAAGUGACACUCGUGUAGGGGAAUUGCCUGCAUCUAUUGUUAAUCUCGGAAAAUUAAUGCAUCUACUUGUUGAUCAUGAUGUUAAAUUUCCUGAUGGGAUUGCGAAGAUGCAAGCACUAGAGACGUUGGGAGAAGUGAGGGUCUCCAUUCAGCCAUUUGACUUCCUAUGCGGCCUUGGCCAACUAAAGAAUUUGAGGAAUCUGCAGCUUGACCUUGGUUUGGAAGUUGAUUUUGACACUGAUGAUACGGAUGUGGUUGAUGAGGAGCGCAACAAAGCUAUGGUCUCUUCCCUGUGUAAGCUAGGCACCCAGAACCUCCGCUUCCUGAAUAUUUUUGAAGGGAGCAGCCUCUUACAAGAACCUUUGUGCCUGCCUACCCUGGAGAAACUUAUUGCCUGGUUUUCAGCCACCCUGCGGGUUCCGACAUGUGUGAGCUCCCUUAAAAACCUCCAACAGCUACGCAUUGAAGUGGAGGGGGUCAAGCACGACGAUGUCUGCAUGCUUGGGGCCUUACCCAGUCUGCUGAUUCUGCACCUGCUGGAAAAAACAGAGUCAAACGAACAAACAGAAAAGCUCAGAAUCAGUGGUGAAGUUGGGUUCCGAUUCUUGACGAUUUUUAGUUAUUAUGCAUCUUUUAAACCAGUAGAUCUGAUGUUUGGGGCAGGGUCCAUGCCCAAGCUAGAAAAAUUCGUGCUUGAUUCUUUGCACGUGGUUGAAGCUAACUGUUUGAACUUUGGAAUCGAGAACCUCCCCUGCCUCAGUACUGUCAAAUGUAUUUAUGUUUGUGGUGAUGAUGACACUGUUGAAGCCAUGAAGACUGCCUUGGAGAGAGCAGCCAACACACAUCCCAACCAACCUAGUCUACUAUUUGAGAAAGCUUUCUGAUACUUUGAACAAACAAGCCAAUAACCGUGGAGAUGCUGCUGCUCGUUGGCCGGCCGGCUGAUUCUGAUUUUUCUCCCUUUUAUGCCACACCAGUGCGUUGUAUUCUCUCCAUCGGAUAAUGUACUAUGGAGUCUGUGAUAAAAAUAUGUAGAAUUAGCAUUUGGAUACUGCCUCAUGGGCUGUUUGGUUGUUCGAUUAGCUGCAAUUUCUGUAAUAAUCACUCAUCUGUGUUGAUGGUUUAAUAUUAUUGGGAAACCAUUCGUAGUCAUCA